GGAAAGCCGGAUUCAUUAGUUUAAGAAGUUCCCUUCGCCCUGGAAAUAGCAUUUGGUUGGAUUUUAGGUUGUCCAAACAUAAAAAGACUGAUAUGGAGAGCGGUUGUCUAACGUUCUCCACGCCCUAUUCAACAUCAAGACCCAGAAAUUUGCUGCAUUCCAUUUGCUCCAUUCCUCCGACCAACAACGAUUUUUUCCAAUCAGAGAUCACGCUGCGCUUAAGGAAAAGGAGAUUGUCAGUGAAAGCAAGAGCGCAGAAUUUUUCUACCGCAAGGCAUACCCUUUCAAGCAACUGGGAUGUUCUCAACUACUCUGGAGCUCCUUCUUGGCUGCCCGCAUUUGAAGAACUGGAGACUACCAAUAUGCUUCUUCGUCAAAGAAUCGUCUUCUUGGGUUCUCAGGUGGAUAAUGCAACUGCAGAUCUUGUCAUAUGCCAGCUAUUAUUACUCGAUGCUCAAGACUCCAAAAAGGACAUCAGACUGUUCAUAAAUUCACCUGGUGGUUCUGUAACUGCCGGAAUGGGAAUAUAUGAUGCAAUGAAACAGUGCAAGGCUGACGUUUCUACCAUCUGUCUGGGACUUGCUGCAUCAAUGGGUGCAUUUCUCCUUGCAACUGGCACUAAAGGUAAAAGAUACUGCAUGCCUAAUGCAAGGGUCAUGAUCCAUCAACCUCUCGGAACAGCUGGUGGCAAUGCAACCGAUAUGAUGAUACGAGUACGAGAAAUGGCAUUCCACAGGGUCAAGCUGAACAAAAUAUUUUCAAGAGUAACCGGAAAGCCUGAACAAGAGAUUGAAGUGGAUACGGAUCGUGAUAAUUUUAUGAAUCCUUGGGAAGCAAAAGAGUAUGGGCUAGUCGACGCAGUAAUUGAUGAUGGGAAACCAGGACUGGUGGCACCAAUAGCAGAAGCAACUGCUCCACCUAAAACCCCAAUUUUAGGUCCAUGGAAAGUUGAGGGCAGCAAGAACACAAAGAAUUUGCCAUCAGAGGAAAGAAUCUUUCAAAAUGGAUAUGGUGGGAAAAGCAAAGGCAAUAAUAAUGAAGAGAAGAGUUCUUGCUACACAGAAGGAUAAAGCAUCAUCCACUUCUAUAUGAUGCAACUCUUUGCCAUGUAUUCGAAUAUGUCUCUAAUAUUAAGUUCCAGAAUUUGCAUAUUCUAGUUCUAGAAUAACAUUGAAGUGUUUCUAAUUUUAUGUAUUGGCUUAAAUUUGGUUUUUUUAUAUAACAUUGGCACCGGAUACAUUCGCUU